UCAGAGCAGGAAGCGGGUGUAGAGCGGCGCAUGCGCAGUGUGCUGUCCCGGGUCCCUGUAAAGAUGUCUGAGCAGGCGGGGAGGGAGCGGCGCAGAGGACCCGACAGCAGCGCACUGAACCCGCAACUCUCCGCUAAUAAACCCGGUAAGCAGGUCCAUGUCAGUCUGACGAGCAGCUGAGAUGUCCAAUGACAGCCAGGCAACGGUGAAGGGGGAGGCGGCCAUGAUGCUGUCUCCUUCUGCCCCCGCCUCCUCUGAGGGGCCCCCCCUCUCUCCGUCCGCCACAUCCAAACCACCUGAGCUCCCAGAUGAGCUGGUCCAGGCGGGCUGGUCUAAGUGCUGGUCCCGGCGGGAGAACCGGCCGUAUUAUUUCAACAGGUUCACCAAUCAGAGCUUGUGGGAGGUUCCAGUCCUGGGUCAGCAUGAUGUCAUCUCUGAUCCUUUAGGUCUGAACGCCGCCCCAGCAGAGGGUGGAGACGGUAACCUUGGUAACGGUCAGAGGAAGAGGAGGAGCUCUGAGGAGCAGGGGGCGGGGCCUAACAGCAUAAAACGCCCCAAGGUGGAGCCGACUACGCCCAUCUCCCCCAGCACGCCGGGGGUCAAACCAUGGAGCGCCGCCCCUGAUGAGAAGCAGCCCCCAGCAGCUACGCCCACCACGCCGAGCCCUGCCCCCGCCCCAGCCCCCGCCCCCGCCCCGGCGCCCUACAGACCUGCUGUGGUUUACUGGGACCUGGACAUCCAGACCAAUGCUGUGAUUAGAGAGCACCCCCCCGCCAACCACCUGCCCCCCCACCCGGAGAUCGAGCUGCAGAGAGCUCAGCUGGUCACCAAACUGAGACAGCACUACCAAGAACUGUGCCACCAGAGAGAAGGUAUCGACCCGCCCAGAGAGUCCUUUAACCGCUGGCUGCUGGAGAGGAAAGUCAUCGACAAAGGUCCCGACCCCCUGCUGCCCAGCGAGUGUGACCCGGUCAUUUCCCCGUCCAUGUUCAGAGAGGUGAUGAACGACAUUCCCAUCAGGUUGGCCCGCAUUAAGUACAAAGAGGAGGCUCGGAAGCUGCUGUUUAAAUAUGCUGAAGCUGCCAAGAAGAUGAUCGACUCCAGGAAUGCUAGUCCAGAGAGCAGGAAGGUGGUGAAGUGGAACGCUGAGGACACGAUGAACUGGCUGCGCAGAGAUCACUCCGCCAGCAAGGAGGACUACAUGGACCGGCUGGAGCACCUGAGGCAGCAGUGUGGUCCUCAUGUCACCGCCGUCGCCAAAGACUCAGUGGAGGGAAUCUGCUCCAAGAUCUACCAGCUGUCAGCUGACUACAGCCGCCGCCUCCGCCAGACUCACCUGAACCUGCUGCAGGACCCGCCCACAGGUACACACACAGAGGCGUGUGCGUCCCCGCAGCAGUCCCGGCUGGUGUACUGUUACCCGGUGCGCUUGGCGCUGCCGUCGCCGCCUCUCCCCCGGGUGGAGCUGCACUUUGAGAACGACGUCGCCUGUCUGCGCUUCAAAGGAGAGAUGGUCAAAGUCAACAGAGGCCACUUCAGCAAGCUGGAGCUGCUCUACAGGUACAGCUGUAUAGACGAUCCUCGCUUCGAGCGGUUCCUGUCCAGAGUCUGGAGCCUCCUGAAGAGAUACCAGGUGAUGUUUGGCAGCGGCGCUAACGAGGGCUCGGGCCUGCAGGGGGCGCUGCCUAUGGCCGUGUUCGAGGCGCUGAACCGACAGUUUGGAGUCUCAUUCGAGUGUUUCGCUUCACCGCUGAACUGCUACUUCAAACAGUUCUGCUCCGCCUUCCCCGACAGCGACGGCUUCUUCGGAUCCAGAGGUCCCUUCCUGUCUUUCUGUCCAGUCAGUGGUUCAUUUGAAGCGAAUCCUCCGUUCUGUGAAGAGCUGAUGGAUGCCAUGGUGACGCACUUCGAGGACCUGUUGGACCGCUCCUCUGAGCCGCUCUCCUUCAUCGUGUUCGUACCUGAGUGGCGUGACCCGGUGACCCCGGCGCUGAGCCGCAUGGAGAGCAGCCGCUUCCUGCGUCACCAGAUGAGCGUCCCGGCCUACGAGCACGAGUACCGGUCCGGCAGCCAGCACAUCUGCAAGAGGGAGGAGAUGUACUACCGGGCGGUCCACGGUACCGCGGUGAUCUUCCUGCAGAACGAAGCAGGUUUUGGGAAGUGGGCUCCGACCACGGAGCGUCUGGCGGAGCUGAUGGCGGCGUACCGACCGUCCACCGCUCGCCCCGCCUCCCUGUCCUCGCCUGGCCCCGCCCACAGCACACCCGCAGACAAAGACUCCGCCCCCAAGGCGGCUGACAGGACACAGCCCGGCAUGAUGUCACCGGGUAGCCAUGACAACAAUAACAACAACGACAGCAGCAGCAGCAGCACCCCCCCACAGGACAAGAUGGCUGCCGUGUAGGGGGCGGGGCUUAGCACCCCAGAGGACAAGAUGGCUGCCGUGUAGGGGGCGGGGCUUAGCACCCCACAGGACAAGAUGGCUGCCGUGUAGGAGGCGGGGCUUAGCACCCCACAGGACAAGAUGGCUGCCGUGUAGGGGGCGGGGCUUAGUACCCCACAGGACAAGAUGGCUGCCGUGUAGGAGGCGGGGCUUAGCACCCCACAGGACAAGAUGGCUGCCGUGUAGGGGGCGGGGCUUAGUACCCCACAGGACAAGAUGGUUGCCGUGUAGGGGGCGGGGCUUAGCACCCCACAUGACAAUAUGGCUGCCGUGUAGGGGGCGGGGCUUAGCAUUUGGUCACCUUGUUUAAACUUUGCAUUUUUCCAGCUUUUUUUAAAUUGUUCAUCGUGUUCAGAUUGUCCCUCACCAGCACCUGUAGCAGCCCGCCAGCAGGGGGCGGAGCUUCUUGCUUUUUCUGCGUCCCCUCAUAGGACACUCCGCUCAGAUCGACUCUUCUGAUUGGUCGAAGCUCUGACAUCACAGCGUCUGGAGCGUUUAUUCGAGCUACCGCUGAGUCACAUUGUUGCUUAGCAACAGGCAGCACAGCCAAUGAAAUGGCUCCAGCAAUAAUAAAAACCUUUCCUUUACCUGUGAUGUCAUCUGUGAUGUCACUGGACUUCUGAUUGGUCCCCACACUGACAGGGCUGAUUGGUGAUUGGUUGGCAAAGGCAGCUAUAGUUUCUAUUGGACAGAUCCAGCUACAGGCUCCGCCUUCUCAGGAGAGCCCCACCAAUCAGUGCGCAUCCUGUCUGCAGGGGAUUGUGGGAAAUGGAGGCGGCGGGGUCAGACACGGGACAGACGGCUGUCACAUGAUCAGCUGUGACAUCAUCAGUGAGACAGGUGUUUGGGCAGGUAGAGUUACGCAGUGUGAUGUCAUCUGGUUCUGAUAACUACAACUCCCAGCAUGCAUUUCACUAAGAAACGUCCAAUCACACUGCAGUUUAAUAAAUUUACUAAUCAAACAACCUGGAGCUGGCUUCGUCUCCAUAGCAACAGCAGCUGAGGCUCAUGGGUAAUGUAGUAUUCAGAACCGUCCAAACUGAAAAAACCUAAAAACAACUUUUCUCAGUUGUUUAAAGGUUUAGAUUACAUUAUAUUUGAUAUUAUUAUAUAUAUUAUAUAUUAUAUUAUAUAUUAUAUUAUAUUAUAUAUUAUAUUAUAUUA